CUGUCCAGUCUAAAAGCUCUUCAGACAGAGUCUCUGAGUUCAGUGCAGUGACUCUGCUGGAUGACAGACAGAUUGACUCCUACAGCAGUACAGACGGGGUCAGGACUCCUAAACAGGCCUGGAUGAAGGAGAUGAAGGAGAGUGAGUGGAAAGAAGGCGCUGAUAAACUGAAGUACGAUGGACAUCAUUUAAACAAGAUCCUCGACAUACAGACGAAGGCCUUCAGACACGAUGAGUCAGCUCCACCAGAUGUUCAUGUGUUUGCAAAGAAAUCUGUUACUGACUCAAAGAAGCUGAACCUGACCUGCCUGGCCACGGGCUUCUACCCCAAAGACAUGGAGAUUAAACUGAGGAAGUUCACCACUUCACUGCCUGAACAUCUACUGAGAUCUUCAGGAGUCAGACCCAAUGAUGAUGGAACCUACCAGCUGAGGAAGAGUGUGGAGAUCCAGGAGGAGGAAGCAGCAGAUUAUGACUGUUAUGUGAAUCACAGCUCCAUCAACACACCAGUAAUUAAACAAUGGGAUGGAAAAUGCAGUGACUGCCAGAGUCGUCUGAUUGUAGGAGUGAUGUGCUUUUUGCUGGUCAUGCUGGUUGGGGUCAUCUUCUUUUUUCUGAAAAAGAAGGGGAUCAUUGGUAAAAGAGACAAUCAUCAUCCAAAUGUAAUCUUCAGCAACGGAAGGGAAUCUACUUGUCUAUCAAACUGGAGCAGCACUGAAAAUGUUAAUGUGAACAUUAAUCUGACUGGUUCCUGAAGCUGUGGGUCAACAGUUUAAACUCGUGCAGAACAAAUGAUCGCUCUCCUCCACAGGUAACUGACUGACUAUUUAAGUAGGCAUCGUCAUCAUAAAGGCUGUUUUUGUCAACUUUGACGUCAACAUAACAUGUUGAUCCACAUGCUGAUCAGCUCUGUGGAUGAAUGUAGUGAUGCCAUGAGACCCUCAGGCUGAAUCUAGAAAAAGAAUUCUACUAUUUGGAAUGAUGAUGAUUUUUUGUUGUUACUGGUGAUGUUUACUGAUUAUUAUACUGAUGGUGGUGUUUGUAAUAAUUAUGUAUGCACCGAUCCAGCUUUUUCUCUCCUGAUACGGAUUUCUUUUUUUUUAAAUUUAAAGUCUGUUAACCUGUAAUGUUCCGUUCCUACUGAAGAGUUCUUCUAUUUUAAGAAAUUUUAGUAGUUAAAGGUUUUUAAAAUGAGUCACACUGAACAGGUAUUUCAUAUUCAACCAAAUUCUUCUAACUUAGAAGUUUUUUCAGAUUUAUUUUACAAAAUCUGAGUAUAUUAGACAUCUUCACUGUCAAAUUACUUGCAUUAAAUUGAUAAAAGUGUAAAAAUCUGAAAUACAACCAUUUCCAAAAACGUUGGGAUGCUGUGCAGAAUGUAAAUAAAAACAAAAUGCAAUUAUA